UCUUAAAAAGCAUGUUCUUUUCGGCCACAUCAAAAAAUUUCUGUUUACAUUUUUCUUGGAUGCAGGAGUAAGAAGACGACUGUGAUUUUCAAAAUUUCUCAAUAGAGAGCAAAGAGGACCCAGCUUUUGUAAGUGAAUACAAUUAUUUUCCCCGAUCAUACUUUCAAACUGCUGCUAAAAAUCUUCGCCGUCUCGCUUAUGAUCACCCAUUCCCUACAUUUGUAGAAUGUUCACGUAGACACGCUCUUCGUUCUUUGAACGUUACGCCCGAAUACGUAACAGGACGAAUUUACGUUAGAGGUCACCCGUCUGGUGUUUUCCUCUCCUAUCGCAUUUUCGAGUAUAUUGUUAAAAAGGCGCAUAUUUGCAAUGCGAGAGCGAUAUUACCUGCCAUCGACAAAAUCAGCCAUAGUUAUCCACCUAACGAAGCUUACCGUUCAGCAUACGUGACGAUACAAAACCAACUUAGUCUCAUUUCCGUCACGCGCACGAUGCAAAGAACUUCGCGAGGGGCGAGCGUGACGGGGCGGACUCCAAGAUGUACGGCGGCGUGAUGGUUUCCGCGGCGGACAACGUCACAUUCAUCGCGCUCAUCCUGACCUACACGGCGCCGCUGUUCGACCGGAAACCACUAAACCGGAAAUCGCGACUCUGCACCGGGUCGAUUCUGUCCCCGGACUGGGUCAUCACCGCGGCGCACUGCGUCAUGCGGAACGACGAUCCCCCCGUCCCGAAACUCUCCCAGAUCACCCUGGGGUUCCACCGAAAGUACAAGACACGGGCGAGCAAGAUCCACAUCCACCCGAACUACACCCACAAGGGCGGUGCGGACAUCGCCCUCCUCAUGACCGAGGCCCGGCUACCAUUGGGCACCGAGAGCGGCCUGACUGCUCUGGGGCUCCCGGCGAUGAAGUUCGCGGGCUCCAGGAAGCCGUGCACCAUCUAUGGCUACGGCGAGAAGAACAGCUACGAUUCCUUGUCGAUAGUCACCCUCUCCAAGAUCACGGUCUCGCCCAUGAGCGCCAACGACUGCCCCAAGAUCUUCGUCUACCAGAUGGACCCGAUCUGCUACAUCGCCCACGGUGGGGUCGGUCCCUGUAUGGGUGACUCCGGCGGCCCCCUACUCUGCUCCAACGAGAUCCUAGCUGGGAUCCUGUCCCGCGGGCUGUUUCAUACCAAGUGCGGACGUGGGCACCCUCUGAUUCUCUACGAGGACAUCUAUGUUUUUAAGGCGUGGAUCGUGAACACCAUCCGACCGACCGAGAAGAUGACGAGGUAUUUUCUGGCGCCGACUGAUGCGGUCGCCUCUACACGCUCGAAUCCGGUCAUUGUAAUUUCAGUGCUGAUGAUAUUUUAUGUCUUCCCAUCGUUUUUAGCCAAUAAUCUAUUUAUUGAAUCUCCUUCGUAUGGAGUUUCAGUAGCGUAGUCAAAAUGAUGAUAUGGACUGCAUUUUGCAAUGUGGAACUAUAAAUUCUGGCUCUUCCGGAAAUACACUUAUGUGCAUAGGGAAACUAAUGGCACAUACGUUGUUUUUAAACCGGGCUAGAAUGUAUAGUUCCAAAUUGCUAAAUGCAGUCCAUAUGAUCUAUGUGAAAAUCCAUGGCCUGAUAGUUCAUAUCCGGAGACUUUAUUUGGACUAUAUUUUGCAAUUAGGACCUAAACUUUUUUGCUCAUUCGUAAAAACAGUUAUGUGCACACAGGAGUAAUAUUACAUACGUUGUUAUUGAACUGAGCCAAAAAUCUUAGUUCUUAAUUUCAAAAUUUGGUCAAUUUAAUGGUCUGAAAAAUGAUAUCCGGGGUAUCAGUCUAACAACCCUGGUAGAAAUGAGUCGUAUGAGCCUUUAGAAUCGCUGGAA